AUGUCGCUGUACGCAGACGACGACCCCACCAAGGCCCUCGCCCUCCAGGACACAGACGAUGACCCCGCCCUUCAUCCCCCCACAGACCCCCAGCAGCUCUUCAAUGCCGCCCUCGCCGCAGAGCCAGAGUCCGCACACCAGCGUGACACCCUGCUUCUCGCUGCCCAGAGGUUCGAGGAACACCCAGAAAGACUGCCACAGCUUCUCCCCCAGUUUCUUGGAUUCAUCAGCGAAGGCGGCGACUCGCUCUUGAGGUUUUGGACGCUCGACAUGAUCCAUCUCGCGGUGGGGAGGGGUGGACUCAGUGGAGAUGUCAAGCAACUCGUGACACUGCAUUGCUUCCCGCGUCUAUUGCAGCUCCUUCAUACCGGCUCGAUUCCUACUCUGAAAGCCGUCAUCCCCAUCCUCUCGACAAUCUACCCCGUCCUCUUUGGCAUCCUCGCUACUUCCAAUACGCAAGCAUCGAUCCUGCAAAUGUUUAAUGACAUGAAAUCAACCAUCAUUGAUUUUGCUCUGAACAAGUCGGGUCAGUCUGGCAAUGUUGGUGUGCGGGCGGUGGCAUGGAAGUUUGUUCAAAAAGUCAUCUUGGCUGCUACGAAACCUGCGACUUCUGGCGAUCCUCGACUACAAUCACGAGGGUCCUCGGUCACAGACACCAACAUCUCCCACAUCACGCAGACUGGCAUCCUGUCGCAAGCCGAGAUUGACCAAGAAGGUAAAAAACUGCAGACCGAGCUGGUCACUGCACUCUACACACAAACGGAACCUGCCAUCCUUCACCCCAUCAUCAAUUCCUUUCCGUCUCUCGCCAAGAUGCGCCAGUCGAUCGCGCCGCUUGUCGUCCACUCACUGGCGAGCUGGAAGCCCAACACGAUGGCCGCCGCGGGUCGUCCCGCCAUUGAAAUACGAGCGGUGGAAAAGACUGUCAGAAUAGCAAUGACCCACCUCAUACGCCACCCUCCCAUCGCUUCGCACGCUGCUCAGCUCAACGAUGCCCUGUUGAGGCAAAAGAAACGUAUGGAGGACGCCUUUGUGGAGGAAGCUACUGCCCGCAAGGAGCGACGCCGGGGGACAAAGCAUCCCAUGGAACCUCCAGCUGGGGUGGAUCCCGAGUCGAGCGAGCAGGCGGCAAAGAGAGCGAGGCUGGAGGGCAGUGCAGGGGGCGUUGGUAGCGGCGUUGGGAAGGGGCCGGUUGUCGAUAUCAGUGGGAUGGGGGUGGAGGAGGUGGUGGAGACUGUCAUUAGCGGGCUGAGGUCGGUGAGCUCGCAGACGCUUGUCUCGGCGCUUGAAAAUGCAAGGCAAGCUUUACGAGAAGGCUCGUUGGAUGCGCAACCACUUUUGGCCUCUCCAUUAGGGGUAGGGGCUGCCGGCGAGGUCAAGGCGGAAGAUGAGGAAAUUGUCAACCCGUUGGAUAUCGAAGAUGAUGAUGAUGACUUGCUCAUGAUGGACGACCCAGAGCUCGCUAUUGAAGAAGAAGAGCCAACGGCAUUCACCGAUUUUGUCUUGCCGCCUCCAGAACCUCUCGAUCCGUCAGAUAAGGAUUACAUUCUUUCCAAUACCAUCGAACGGAUAUGGCAGUCGGGCGCCGAUCUCGCAAGUCUACCCGAUCCCAAAGAAACAGAUGCGGCCAAGACUGCAAUUCAGCCGAAAGAAAUGUGGAUGCUGUUGCUCGCCCGGCUGGCGACAAGAGGUGCAGAGGUCAAAAGAAAGACCAUUUCCGAGUUUGUUCUUGCGGAUUUCGCAAACCGGUCCAAGUUUGCGUCCGUGUGGUUGAAUGAGGAGUGGUACAAUGAGAGGAUCGGGGUCUCGGAGCCGAGGCAGUAUCUGUCGAAUCUGGAGGCCAUCGUAUCGGUAUACCUCCCCAAAGUCGACCCCAAAGACAAGUAUCUGGCGACAUUUAUCCAGAACCUCCCUGCCAUCCCGCCUUCCCUUAUCGACAUUCUCGCAGACGUUUGCCAGGAUUCCGAAAGGGCCGUCGUGGGCUUUACGGUGCUGCGUGAUAUUGUCGAAUCGCGUCCUCCCGUACGAGAGCAGGCUCUGCAGACGCUUCUAGCUCUGUGCACCCACACGGAUAGAAAGAUCCGUGUGAUGGCAAUCAUCACGACCGUCCGGCGAUGGGGCCAAAAUUCACCCAUGAUGCCGAUCAUCACAAAAUAUGCGCUGAGCGUGCUCUGGAGGUUGGUUGAGGCUAAGCCGGAGGUAAAGAACGAGGCAGUGAAAGAGGAGGGCGGGGAAGCCGAGACCGAGGAGCAAAUCGGUGAAUCUGCCGAGACGGACGUCGAAAUGAAGGAAGAGCAGCCGAAAGAGGAAGGGUCAAUCGAUAGAUACCUGGAACAGCCGAGCGCGCGCACUGUGCAGCAGCACGUCGAGCUGGCCUUUGCGCUCGCCAAACGUCAGCAAAGUCUACUCGACGACAUUUUCAAAAUCUAUCCCCAGCUCAUCCCCGAGGUGCAAAAGGCCGUCGAGGAGCAGUUGAUGCCCCUCAUCCAAUCUCUGGGAGCUACCCCCAAGCUGAUGGAGAUUCUGAAAAAGUUUCCCGCUGGCGCCGACCAGUUGGUCAUGCGUGUCAUCGGUGUGCUCAGUGCGGAAGGGGCGGGGCAGGUACUGGUAUCCCUCGUCAAGAGCGUUCUGGCAGAGAGAGAGCUGGACCCCAAGUUUGUGAUACCCAUCGUGGGCGAGCUGGACAAGGCCGAGAUCGAAAAGCAGCUGCCUAAAAUUGUGUCUAUGCUGGUGGACCCCGAGACGAAGGACAUGGUCAAGACGGCGUUUGCCUCGAUGCUGCAGAAAAUGACCCCGUCCGACUUGAUGGUCGCGUUGCAUCAGGAAGGCGGUGCCCCAUUGAAAGAAAUCAUCGAGGCUGUCAAGGUGUGCUUUUCGAUGACGACCGUGUUUCGGUCUGACGUCCUGGCGAAUGCGAUGAACCGGAUUGCGGACCUGCCCACCAUUCCCCUGAUCUUUGUGCGGACCAUCAUCCAGGUGGCCAACACGUACAAGUCACUGGCGCCAUUCAUCGCCAACCACAUCCUGCCAAAGCUGGUGGCGAAGAAGAUAUGGGAAAACGGACAGCUCUGGGACGGGUUUGUGAUGCUGGCGAAGCGGAUUGCGCCGGCGAGCUAUGGGGCGCUUCUGCAGCUGCCGAAGGAACAGCUUCGGGAGGUGGUGGGGAAGCAGCCGAGCAUGAAGGCGGGGCUGAAGAAUUUCCUUGCGAGCAAGCCAGGCAGCAAGGGGGCGCUGCUCGAGAUAUUUGGGGACGACGAGUGAUGGAUGUUGCUGUAGCAGAUGCCAGAACAUGAACCUUGUUGGUAUUGGAUACUCCCGCGUAUGUUUGUAUACGCGUGCAUGCGGCCACAACGGCGCAUGGGCAGGGCUGACGAGAGCCGUCCGAUGUUGCCAGUGCAUGCUGAUGGCUCGGAUCCCGGCGACAGCGCUAAUAGACAUAUCAGACUGAUGCAUAGGCGGGCCGGGCGAAUGAUGCUGCGUGGCGACGGCCUCGAUGCAGCACAGACAGGGGGACAGGGAAUGGGGCGGAGACAGUUGAGGCUGAGUCUGUGCACGAGGGGAGAAAGGAG